AUGUUGAUCUCAAUGAGUAUGAUGUUAAGUAUAUCUACCCGGGCUACAGCUUUGAAUACAGGCCUGACUCCACUAGCUGAUGAGAAACGUCUUGUGCUACGCAUAUCAACAUCUUCUCUUUGGGACCUUCUUGUCGAUAUGGGACCCAAAAUUCUCAUCAAAUCUAGUUUGGAGAAUAUUGUUUUAACUGCACCAUGA